AUGUAUCAUUACGAAGGGAUGUAUUACUCUCGUGCUAGAAUUGACCUAUGUGAGAAUAUCAGUGUCUCAGCCCCCUCGCCAUGCCCUCAAUUCAACUACACCCGCGCUCCUCAGCGCCCGCCCCCCACAGCACAGAAGGCGCCCCCCGCUUACCCCGUCCGCAACCCUUUCCCACAGCUCCUCCAAACACCCUCGGGGCUCGCCCUCCUCGAACUACAAGGCACAAUCAACGUGCCAGCCUUUGAAAGCGAGCAGAACAGCCACGCCGAAGAUCCUGCCUCGGCUGAGUCCGCAUCCUACGAAACCCCCAUUGGCAAGCUCAUGUUCCCGGACUACUCGGUCCACAACCCGGACGACACCAAGUGGAUGAAGCGCGCGUAUCUCUACGUUGGGCGAUACCAACGUAUGACGGGGGAAGUGAAGAAACUGCCGCGCCCGAUUGCGGUGCUGCAGAAGAGGGCUGGCGCUGUCGGGACGGAGGAGUUGGAGAUCGUGGAGAUUGUGCGGUAUAAGGUGUUUUUCAAGAAUCGGCCGGAGCCGGUCAAUAAUGUUUGA